AGCAUAAACGACAAGGAAACCGAAGCCCACACCAGUCGUCUACAGAUACAGUCUAUACAACAUGUUGCAGUUCCUUCUGGUUGCUUUUGCUUCGGUUGCUACCAAUGCACAAACGACAGAAAAAUCCCUCGCCGAUCAUUUGUUUGAAGGCAGAACAUGGAGGAACGAGAACUGGGAUGCCGUCGUUAACACAUUUGGGCUGGUCAACUUCAAAUGGACGACUACUUUACCAACAAACACUGUCAUCAACGAAACGGCGUACCUAGCCGAGAGUAAGAACGCCCUUCUGAUGAAGUCACGUGACAGGGAUCUGAGGGGGGAGGGAUACGACAAAUCAACUUCUCUGAUCGACUUUGACACGGGAAUGAUUGCCUUCCGGACUAAGUUCCCCACUACCAACACACUGGUCGCUUCAAACGGAAUGUCCAGGAGAGAGAGAAGGAGGAAGCUGAGAAAGCUUUUAGCCGGCAAAGAACAGGCUUGCUUCAUCAUUAACACAAGUAUUACUCUAGCGGAGGUCAAGGAAGAGCUCCAGAACCGAGUCAAUAGUUCUCCAGUCCCAACUGGAACCCCAAAAAAGUUUGUGGCAGAAGAGAAGAAUCGCGUCUCUUCAGCAGAAUUAGCAAAAUUGAACGGUAAAAUCGCCAAGUUCUGCAGCAGAGCCGCUCCACACAAUAACAACUUUAGACUUGUUAAAGACUCUACAGCCACCACCCACGCCGAUAACUUGGUGGUGAUGGGCCAGUUUGAUAGUACACAGAACGCCACAUCCAUUCCAUACGAAAUCCACGUGGAACAGUCUAUCAUUGAUGCUCUCCAGAAACUGGCCACAACCAACACAGAGUCGCCGGCGGCGGCUGGAGAAGCUCCCGUAGGAGUUCUUCCCGAGGCUGCCGAGGAGGUCUGAAUCAUUAACUAUUCGCUAGACCAGCAUCAUGAACAUGCAGCGUUAACCAUUCCAUGAUACAAAAAUUUACUUUUGCAGAUUUAGACUGCACGAACUGUUUUAUUUUAAAGCGUGCCUUGAUUAGAUUUUGUAACUUCUAAUAAAAUUUGGAACACAAAAA